AAAGAAGAAGAAGAUACAGGAAGUGGUGUGUGCUACGCGUAAAUGCAUCCGGGUAACAGCUUUCUGCUUGUAAACAAAGCAAAUAAUCGUAAUAAAUAAGAGUUUUACUCGCUUUUAAAUAUACUUAUAGACUAAAGAUGAUUUAACUGGAUGAAUAUUUAAAGGAGAAAGUGUAUAAAUGGACACGGGACGCUCAAAGAAAAUGCGACCCAGGGAGCUCCCGCCUCUUCCACAGCGAGGACAGCGAGGUCUUCCCACAAUGCCGAGUGAGGACAUAGCUGGAGAAGCGCCAGCAACGAAACAUAAGAAGAAGAGGGUGAGGAAGGAGACGAAUGGAGUCGACGAUAUGGACGAUCAAGGGAUGGAGAUGGGAGGUCAAGGUCAUGAGAUCGGAGAGCAACUCACCCUUGAAACCACGACGGACGCACCGCCGCAGAGGAGGAAGAAGAAAAAGAAAACUGCCACUAUCGAUUUUGACGAUGACCAAAUCGACCUGGCGAACGGAGAUGCAGCAGAUCAGACUUCCGAUGGAGAAGAAGUGGUCAAAAAACCCAGAAAGAAAAAGAAGUCAAGGGUUGUUGAAUCGCAGCUUCCCGAUGAGUUGGACGUAGAAGAGGACGACAUUAUCACCGACACCCCUCCUCCCAUCCCACAGCAUUCCCUGUUCUCGGCCCCCGGCGGUCAGAGCCAGCCGGUGGGGAAAGUCUUUAUAGAGAAGUCGAAGCGUUUCCAGCCUGCUGAGCGCUCCGACUGGAGGAAGACCAGCGACCAGAUGGAAAACAUACCGGACUUCCAGAACAUUCAGCCGCUCUGGACCACCAGAGACGUUUCUCUUAGAGUGCACGAAGGCUUCAGGGUGUUCGGUCUGUACUGCCACGGCUUCCUGGCGGGCUACGCCAUGUGGAACAUCGUGGUGGUGUACAUGUUAGCCGGGCAGCACCUCACCGCUCUGUCCAACCUGCUGGAGCAGUACCACAGCCUGGCGUACCCCGCCCAGUCUCUGCUCUACAUGCUGCUCGCCAUCAGCACGGUGGCCGCCUUCGACAGAGUGAACCUGGCCCAAGGCUCUGAGGCUCUGCGGCAGCUCGCCAGACUGAACCCCGUCGCUCUCGCCUCUUUCUUGUACUUCUCAGCGUUAGUCCUCAGUCUGAGCCAGCAGAUGACCAGCGAUCGAAUCAACCUGUACCCAUCCCACAACACGACAUUAUGGCCACCAGGGUUGGAGCACCAGAUUCUCCACCCAUGGGUGACAGUCAACCUGGUGGUGGCUUUGCUGGUGGGGCUGGCCUGGAUCUUCAUUGCCACCGGACCAGAAACAGACUAUACUCUGAUUUAUCUGGAGGCCAUGGAGAUUGAGCCUCCCAAGCCAGAGGACAAAUCAGAAGUGACCGCCUGAGAAACAAUAACUGCUUUAUUGUCAUUUUGCACAUAUCUUUUUGCACUGUAUUUUGGCAGUGAACUCUGAAUGUGUUGUAGAUUAUUUUUGUAUUUUUGAAACAUGAAUGUGCUCGUGUCUUUAUAAAUAUUUAUCCAACAAAUA